AGAGGUCGGGCGCAGGAAGGAGAAGGACACAGGGACGGCAGUUCUCCUUGUAUUCCUGAUAGGACAGGAUGGAGAAGAGAGAGGAGUUCGGAGGGAUGGAGACGGGAGCGGAGUAGACCAUCAACACCUGGUUCAACCUGCUCAACACCCUGUCCAACAUACUCAAGACAGGGAGGAUGGAGAACUGGAGUAACCGGUUUAUCCAACCCUUCACCCAGUCACAGCAAUUUCUCCAUCAAAUCUCUGCAAAUAGGAAAUGGAGCAACCCUGUCAGCUUACAGAAAACCAUACCUGGGGUGGAGAUCACAGGAACGUGUGGACUCUCUUUACUGUUCUCCAACUCAACGCUUGGCUUCCUCUAUUAUGCAAAGACAACAGAGCGAGGCUGCCGCGCAAUCAAACAAAGAAAAGAUGGCGGACCAUUUGCCGGAACCCAAUGUGCUCCAAUAUUUGAUUCUCCAACACAACGGGUUAAAUGAUUUAAUUUCGAAAGACUUUGGUGACCCACCGCCCCCAACACAAAUUAAUAAUAUCCAACCUGCUAAACCACAAAAUGGCCUUACAGAAAAUGGUGGACACAGAAAUAAUCAAAACAAUGAUUGUGAUAAAAAAUCAAAAUUAAAUCGGCCAAAAGCCCCUCCACCUCCACCCCCACCAUCUAGUUUAAUGUUUGAUGAUAAUGUGACUAAAAAUGACAGUUCCUUUGAGGACAAUCUUCCAUGCAGCAGCAACCCCUUGAUUGACACAAAUGGUCAUUUGUCCGAUCUUAUUGGCGGUGGGUCACAAGAGAUAAAGCAUCAAUAUGAGUAUGAACAAUCGUCACUAUGUCAUGAGAUUCCUCAACGAAAUGUUCAGGACAAAACCCGGCUUCCAAUUAAUCAAAGUGAACCGCAGUAUACUCUUCCCUACAAUACUACAGAACACACCACCAGAAGGAUCCUGGAAAAAUUACCAAUGUCAGCCCAAGAUCAAAAAUACUUAAAAAGGAAAAAUUUCGAUGAUCAGUUGGUUACAGAAGCUAUAGUAGACUACUGCACACAAACCCCAGGGUUAAACAGUAAGUCUUGUUCUCCCCAUCCCAGUAGACGGUGCCUGGCGGAGGGCCAAGGGAUAAACCAGUUUCCCAGAGAUUCUCAGAAUUUGGAGUUUAAGAAGAAUUCAGUGAAACCUGGUUUGGUUUGGAUGGAAUCAAGUUUUGUGAACGUAAAGUCUACUUCAGCUACAGGUUACAGUGUUGACAGCAGCCUCAAGACAUAAAAUUUUGGGGAUUUUUAAAUUUCUGUUUUUUUUAAAAACUCGUUGCCAAUUAAUACUAUGCUAAAUUCCCUCCCCUGAAAGGCGUAUUUUCAAGUUACCCUCCAUGCAAAGAUGGCAAUGUCCGAUUCACAACAGUAGUCUUUUGUGUGAUAAAGAAUGAUUUCAAAAUUUUAUAAUUCUGAAAAAUUAUCAUUUUCAGUUCUGGUUUCUAUACAAAAGUGAAUUGCGCAUUUCUACUGCAGGAAAACCAUUUAAAACGAGAAAAUGACCAUAUCUUCCAUAUUAUUGAUCAGAUAAAGGUUUUAGAGGAACAGUUUUGAAUCGGGCAAUUACAUCAUUGCAUGGGGGUCACGCUUACUGUUGCAAAAUUUUCGAAAUCGAAGAUAUCAGAAUAUACUACAGAUGAGACACCACUAGCAUGGUGACCAAAACCGUUUGUUGUAAACAAUUAGAUAAACAAUGCAGUACACUGAUUAUUAAAACGGGUGGAUAAUAAUAUAAUAAUUUAUUGAUACAUCGAAUCUAUAGAGUGUAUUUUAUUAUUUUUGACCGUCUAACAGAGACGGAUUUAUAGCGAUUAAUAAGUGACCCUCUGAUUUAUCAAAAAUGAAUUAGAUAUCCUAGUUUUUCCAGCUGAAAAUUAACUAUUUCAAUUAUAGUUUCGCCGUAAAAGAUUUGUACCACGAGCAAUUUUGUAUUUUUCCAGUCAGCAAAAACGACGGUAUCUUCUUUAUUGUUACUCAGAUUAAAGGUUAAAGAGUACUGUUGGGAAUCAAAUAUGUCAUUUUAAAAAUGGUGGUCAUUUUAAAAAUGGCGGUCAUUUUAAAAAUGGCGGUCAUUUUAAAAAUGGCGGUCAUUUAAAAUUAUGUCUGCAUUCCCUUAAACUUGCCCUCCCUUAUUCCUAUAUAUAUGCUUAUUAUAUUCAUGUGUUCAGUUUAUCUCAAUAUAUUUAUAAAUGCAUAUUCAGAUUCUGUUAUAAUAAUACUCAAUCAAUUUAAAACUAUUUUAUAAUAUAUCUUUAAACUAUUAGUCAAAUGUUCACAGGAAUUUAAUUUGUUUAUUAAUAAAGCUUAUGUAUUUGAA